AUGGCUAUGACACCUACCGUAUUAGAACGUGUUCGUGAAAAAAUGAAAGAACGUAAUUUGUCCGAAGAAGAAUUAUUAAUUCUUAUGAAAGCUAAAGAAAAAAUGAAUACGCAUAUGAGAUUUGGAGCUAUUGCUGGAUUGAUUUCGGGUGGAAUUUUUGCUAGAGUAUUCAAAUAUAAACCUAUUGGAAUCAUUGCAUUAUGCUCUGGAGCAUCCGUUAUGGGUGGUCAAAUUGGACUAAUUUCUGGUGGAAUAGCUGGCAUUAGAACAUUACAAAGUACUCCAAAUGCAAAUCGUAUCUUAGAAUUACUUAGAGAUGUACAAAAUGAAGUAGUUCAUGCACGUUUUCCAUCACAACAAAGAGGGCGAGCACCAAGGGAAAUUUUGGAACCUAAAAAUAAUAAUGAUGAUGAUCCAUCGUCAUCUCAAAAAUCCUAUAAUGAUAAUGAAAGAGAUUAUUCUACGACGACGACUGGUGAUGAUGUGAUGAAUAGAGAUAUUAAUACCAAUAAUAACGAUCGAUCACAAAGUACUCAAACAAAAUCUGCUUGGGAUAAAGUUCGUGAAAAGGCUAUAACUGAGAAAAGACAACAACAAAAUCAAAGAAGACAGCAACAACCACCAGGAAGUAAUACAAGUGAUAAUUUAUAUUCCAUUGGAUCUCGGAGUAAUAAUAGCGAAUAUGAUGAAGGAAUGGAUGGAAUAGAUGAUGGUGAUCGUUAUUCAACAACAAGUAAUAUUGCCACCUCAUUUGAUCUUCCAAGGACAAGAGAAGAAUAUGAAGAAUUUGAUCGUAGUGGUAAAAUUAGAACUAAUCAAUUCGAUUCAUUUCCGAUCGAAACGAGUACGUCUUAUGAUAUCUCUGAUCCAAGUGACUUUCCUCAAACCGGCCUUCAAUCACUUGAUUUAUUUUCCCGUUGUCCGAUAUGUAAAGAAUUCUUUAAUACUCCAAUGAUCUCCGAAUGCGGGCAUACCUAUUGUUCAUUAUGUAUAAGACGUAGUUUGGCUACGGAUCAAGUUUGUCCUAUAUGUCGAGUUAAUUUAUCCGAAUCACAGCAAACCUUAUUACGAGGUGCCCUGGAAGAUGAAAGGAUAAAUUCACCUAACAAGAAAUCUUCCAACAAGGAAUCUUCUAACAAUGAAUCUAACUAUGAAUCGAAUAACAAUAAGAUAAAUUUGUCAAGUGAUAAAGCUAAUAUAGAGAAGGGUGAAAAAUAUUAUGUAAAGGGUGAAAAUGAAGAUGUGAAAGCUGAUGAAAAAAAGAUUGAAAAUGAAGAAAAUGAUCCUCGAAAUGAUCAAAGUGAUAAUAAAUUAGAAAAAGUUAUUAUUAAUCAACAAGAAAAAGAAGAAAUUAAAGAAAAAAUCAAAGUAAAACUUAUGCAAACACCAGAAUCAACUCCGGAAAAUUCAUAG